GUCCUUCUUCCCACAUCACCGCAUCGUUGCGUGCUGUAGCUGCUGGUCUCUCCGCACUCUUUCUGUUUUAUCCGAUCAAGGAUGCGCAAAAACCGAGGAUCCUCUUUCCUUUCGUGAGGCGGUAUGAACCAUGACUCCAAUAAAUCACCAUCAUUAGGAAUGAUCUCCACGGCAACUCGCACCACGGCUACUGUCAGUCCCCUCAGCCCACUAACCAAUGGGAACGCAGCUGCCCAAUCUGCAAACUCCGGAUUCGCUGCUGCCCUGCGUAAACUGGCCAAACAGGCUGAGGAUCCCAGAGGUUCUGCCGUCAGCGGUGAGUCGUCUCCAGUAUCUUCUCCCGCCACCAGCCAUAGCUCGCCAGUCACUACCCCUAAGCGGGGCUCAUUAGGGCCCCUCCUGGGCCAGACCAGGGGCCACAGUGUCCCCAGCACACCUCCAGUUGUCACCAUUGCCCCUACAAAGACCAGCAACGGCCUCUGGAGAGCCGACGCUCGCCAGGCUGAGCCAAGUGUUCAGGGACUCGGUAGGGAACGGGUUGGUGCUGACAACAACCAGCCACAGCAGGAUAAGAGGACUCCCCGUAUCCCUUCACCUCACCCCCUGGCUCAUCCCUUUGGACUCACCCCCAGCUCUGUCAUGCAAGACCCCAGAAUACAGAGUCUUAGUUUGCCCGGGCAGAUGCACCCGGUAGUUCCCUCAGGUGCUGUUCCAGAGGAGUACCUGAGAGCGCUCAGGCCCUUCGCCACCUCAGAUGACCUCCGACUGACCUCUCUGCCCCUGAGUCUCGACCCUGCUGCUGCUGCUCAUGCUGCUGCUGCUGCUUACUAUCACCCUGCCUACCUGCACCACCCGCUGUCCUUACCAAGGAUGGAGGAGUCUUUGUGUCUUUCUGCACUGCGGUCGCAGUUCUACUCUGUGCCUGCAGGGGGGGCCUUCCCUUCUCUCCACCCCUCUGCCCUCCACUUGCACCUGCCUGGAGCCCGUUAUCCUGGAGAGCUAAACCAUACAGCACUAGCAGAGAGGCUACAGAUGGAGAAUGAGCUCCGCCAGCGAGAGAGGGAGCAGGAGCGCGAACGAGAGAAAGAGAGGGAGCGAGAGGCAGGGCUGGAGAGAGAAAGGGAGGAGGAGAGGGAGCGGGAGCGGGAGAGGGAGAGGGAGCUGGACAGACAGAAGGAGAGGCAGAGGGAGAGACAGCAGCAGAUGGUCAGAGCUGCGGAGAGCCACUACCUGGCUGAGCUGCAGGCUCGGAGGGCACCACCGGAGGACAGGGCCAGGCCAGGGGAGAGGCUGACCCCAAACAGACUGGAUAAACCCAAGGAGUCAGAGCACUCAGGUUUCACAGCGCCUAAACCUCUGUCCAUGCAGCCUGGCCUUCACUCCUCCAGGGGCUCCAUCCCACACCCAGUGCCCAGCCUGGUGCCCUCUCACAUGGGCAAGCAUCACACUACUGCUGGAGGGAUUCAUGGAGCCCUGGCAGCUGCCAUGAUGACUCAGAGAGCAAAUGAGGAGGCCUGGUUAACAAGGCAAAGAGGGCAAGGGCAGGAGAGAGACCGUCCACUGGAGCUGGGACUUAGGUCGCCCGGGAAAGGGGUGGAGCCACGGAAGGAUAGCCACAGAACUAAUUCAGUCCAUCCCAACUCAAGCAGUAAAGACAUCCCUCCCAGCCUUGGUGCUCCACCCCCCCUUAUCUCUCCUAAAGGCCCCCAUAACCCCUCAGUCCCUCCGACAACACUGUGGAAUCCAGCUUCCUUUGUUGAUACUCCUGUGGACACCCGUCGAAAACUAACCCCCCCUACGCCACCAACUCGGCCUCCGCCGGGACUGACUAGAGCUGACAGAGCCCCCCUGAGCUGGGGGGAGAGGAUGGAAGAAGGAGGGCGGAGGAGGGCGGAGGGCCUGGACAGGUACCCGUCACUGAGGGGGACCAGUUCCCAGGAGGCAGGAUCCUGGAGCAAAGCUGAUCAGGACAGAGCCAUUCAGAGUCUAUACCAGCGGCACCACAUCAAUAAUCUCCAUCAGAGAUCCUGCGUGUCUCUCCCAGUCCACGGGUCCUGCAGUGACCUGGGUGGGCAGCGUCAGACAGCGUCUCCGUCCCCGGUGAGGGAGCGACAAAGUCAGGCUCCUGACAGUUUACUGGUGUACGACGAGGUGCUUCAGCAGCACCGACGCCUGCUCAGCAAGCUUGACCUGGAGGAGAAGAAGAGGAGGGAGGCCAGGGAAGGAGGUUAUUAUUAUGAUAUGGACGAGUCUUAUGAUGAGAGCGAUGAGGAGGAAGUGAAAGCCCAUUUAAGACGAGUGACAGAGCAGCCCCCACUCAAACUGGAUACAUCCUCUGAGAAAGUGGAUUUUCUGCGUAUGUGCGGCCUGACCACGCUCGCCCAUCGUGAUGAGCUUGUGGUGCGGAAAAGGCGGAAAAGGAGGAGGAUGUUGAGAGAACGCAGCCUCUCGCCGCCAGCGGUACGAGGAAAGAAAAAGGCCUCGUCACCCUCAGCACCUACAACUCCUUUGACUACCCCGUACACGGCCGAUCAGAUGGACAGCACCCCCGAACUGGAGGAUAAAAAAGACUUCCUGCUUAGGUUCAACCUCUGCCACGUCAGCCCACAGCAGAGGAGAGAUAGGGAGAGGACAGAGGAGUUGCUGAUGGCCAUCCAGAGGAAGACAGUGACAUUAGACACUCUCAGAUAUAAUCCAUUACCUCCAUGUAGCAGUCCUCCUGCUCCCUCAAGUGGUGACUCCACAUCAGCUCCUCCUCCGUGUCAACCAAAUGGACAUCUUUACCCAGACUCCCCGAGCCCGUCCCCUCCCUACGUAAAUAAAUCUAAGCAUUUCCUCUACAAUGACGCACUCAAGUCCUCUAUAGACUCCCAGGUGGCGUGCUUUCCUCCACCCCUGGCCACCCAUCAUGAAAAGACUGAAUUCAUGGAGGCUCAGUCAAAAAGGAAGCUUCAGAGCCUCCAGAAUGGCAUCACUGCUGCUGCUGCUGCUGCUGUGACGCUGAAGAAGGAGCCCAGCACUGUGCACAACGGACGCAAUCGACCCUGGGAGAGGUUCACACCUGAGACCUUUGCUCAGCACUUCCACCAGGCUGUGCUGCAGUCCACACACAGCACACUGCAGAGCAAAGGAGGUUCGAACUGUGUUCCUGAGACAGGCCUGAACACAGACCGCUCACUGCCUCACAACAUCUCCCCAGUGAAGGCUUCCAAUCUCAACCACGCCUCUCAGCAUACAAGCGUCAAUGGUCAUCACUUCCAUCCUCAUCUGGCUGGUCGAGACAUGCAGGCACCAAAGGAUCGCCUGUCUGAUGAGGAAGAGGAAGAGUCUGGGCAGGAAGAUGAGGAUGAAGAGGAGGAGAUGGAAGAGGUGCCAGGGAAGUGGCAGGGGAUUGAAGCAGUCUUUGAGGCCUACCAGCAGUAUGUGGACGAGUGGAGUAUGGAGAGGCAGGUUCUCCACAGUCAAUGUAAGAGACUUGAAGCACAAAACUACAGUCUCACCCGAACUGCAGAGCAGCUCUCUCUCAAUAUGGGGGAGCUGGUGACUCAGAGGCAGAAAGUGCGAGAAGAGAGAGAGAGACUGCAGGCCCAGCUGGAGCACUUCAGGAGGUGUUUGACACUACCCAGCAUCCAAUGGGGCAGGAGCCAAGUCAACGGGCACACGCCAAGGUGACCCCUGACACAGACUCUCUGACGGACAUGCAACGAGAACCAGGACUGGAGCCAGACCACUCCCUGUACUUGAAUCCCUCAAAGGAGCCACUUGUUGCCUCGGCACCUUUCUGGUCAAUCAGUUCUGUUACCUGACUGGAUCCAGAUUCAGUUGAUUACCUGCCAUAUUCGCCAUGGGAACCAUAACCAUGGUGACUAAAUAGUCUGGGCAUUCCCACUCUCUCUCAUUGUGCCCAUAGAUUGUAACAACACUGUGUAGGUGAACCAGCAUCUUUGUCAGAGUAACACUCAACACUCCCAUUAGUCGCUUUAAGGACUUUGUCAUAUAGAACUCAUAUCUAUCAAUAUCUGCAUAAAAUAUAUUGAUCUACACUAAUGACUCGGCACAAAUCUGUAGCCUAUAUGGACAGCAAUGAGAUGAGACAAAGCGUGCAGUGGUUAAUACUCAGAGAAUGAAAAUUGAGUCAAGGAAUCAAAGCACACCUCAGGCCUUAAACUUGACAGGAUGCACUUGAAAUGGAGGUUGAGGAAAUACUUGAUCGCCCUCUGUGUGGUAUAAUGUUGUAGUGUGUAAUGAGUACUGUAUCUGACAAAUGAAGCAGUUUGUGUGCUGGUGAAGGUUUUGCAGAGGAUAGGAAACACCUAAAAGAUAUUAUCUAUAAUGGGAAAUUGUAUCAAUGAAGUUUUUGAGGUUUUAUUAAAUUUUCCAUUGGUAAUGUCAGUUGUGAUAGACAAAGAAUUUUGUAUGUUUUAUUGUACAACCAUUUAUUGUGGGAAGCCAUAUGUUUUGUUUGGAUUGCUGCUGGUCAGAAUAAAAAUGUUUAGAAACUGAACAAUGUUAGGACAGUUGCAUUUGAAAAAUGUUAUUUGAUGUUAAUAUGUUUGGGAAUGGAUGAUGAUAAAAAUUGGGAUGGAAGAAAACAAGACAAAUGUCAGUCCUUUUCUCACCUCAGCUUUUUAUUUUUGUUCUACAGACCCAAGACUUAGUUUCCUAAGCCCUUCACAUGUCUACAUGUUGACAAAACAUUGUGAUAUUUAAAGGGCUUUUGCAAUAUUCUGUAGAUGUUGUUAGUCAAUUGCCAACUCUUGACAUAAAAUCCACCCUUACAAAUGUUUCACAGGCCAUAACUUUCCUUCAUAAACAGAAAAACCUAAUGUUUUCACGUAUUCAUUAGAAUCCUUGAGGAAAUGAUCUAAAGUUUAUCGGUGAAAAUAAAAUUGGAAUUAAACAGUCCCUCUGUGGAUAACAACAAAACACUUCCUCACUGUUCUUUUGAUGAAAUUUAUUUUUACUUAAGUUCAGUCCUGCCUCUUUGCCUCUGAAAAUCAAAAUCCCUGGAGCCCCAUGUGACAAGCACAAGAAUAGUAAAUGUAGAGCAGCAAUCUCCCCAGAUCACCUUCCUGCGUCGCCUGUUCAGUCCAACCUACAGACAUGCUGUGAAAGCCUGCAUAUUUGUUUCAAUCAGUUGUGUAAUGUAUUAUUUGGGCUGUAUAAUUGUGAUGAAUUAUUUAUUAACAUAUAUUGUUGUACAUUAUGAUUUAAAUUUACAUUAAAAUAUUUGUAAAAUGUC